AUGGCUAAUUUCAACAAGACACCCCUGUCUUCUGUGGAAGUUGGGCCAGAAUGUUGUGACAUGCACAAUGACACUGGGAUCUCAAUUAAUAAGAGCUCAGUUUAUAAUCCAGAAGGGACCUUCCACUAUUUAGAGAAUUUCAUCUAUAUCUUUGCUUUUGUUAUCUGCAUUAUUGGCAUUGUAGGGAAUGGAAUUGUCAUCUGGCUUCUCGGCUUCUGCAUUAAGAGGAAUCCUUUCACCAUCUACAUCUUGAAUUUGGCCAUUGCUGACUUUGGGGUCCUGAUUACUAUAGCUCCAUUUUCUAUUUCAAAUCUUAUUAAGCAGACCCCUUAUCUUUUGGGUCUGAUAGUUGGCAAUCUUGAGCCAUUCAUGUACUGUGUUGGUCAACUUCUACUUACAGCCAUCAGUGUGGACAGAUGUGUGAUUGUCCUCUUCCCAAUUUGGCACAAAUGCCACCGGCCGACCCACUGGUCCACCACUGUAUGUGCCUUAAUUUGGGUUCUCUGUUUCUUUCUUUAUGGAAUUCGGCUUACUCUCAUUAUUUUGAAAUUAGAUGGAGACCAUAUUUUGUUGCUACAGGUUAUUGUGAAUGUCGGCUUUUGCCUCCCACUCAUCACCAUCUUCACUGUGACUCUGUUGUUCAAAGUCCGCCAUCAACUACAACAGCACCAGCGGGGAAAACUUCUGCUAGUCAUCUUACUCACCCUCCUUUUCUUCCUCGUCUUUGCUUUUCCACUGAACGCUAUUUUCUUGCUCAAUUACGUUUCCAACAGAGCCUAUUUUUAUCUAUACAUAUAUGGCUACUCAUGUGCCAUUCUUAACAGUGGUAUCAAUCCUGUGAUUUAUUUCCUGGUGGGGAGAAAGAAGAAGAGUCAAACAAAGGAGAGCAUGAAAAUCAUACUGCAGAGGGUUUUCAAGGAGGAAGAAGAGAGCAAAGAAGAAUUAGAAAUGGAAGUUCAAACAUAG